UCUAGUCUUGUAGAGUGUAGUCGUGUAGUGUAUAGACACCAGUCAGUUCUGAAAAACGAAUCAGUAGCACAUGAGCGCUCGUCUAGCGAGUUUCGUAGCGUCGUCUCGCCACCGGGAAUAAAAUGUCAUCCCAUAAAUCGAGAUCUUGUGUCAAUGGAUAUUUAAUUCGGAUUAAUAUUUAUUAUUUAUAAUUAACGGACUACAUUUCAAAAUAACCCGACGUUUUUAUUUUAAAUAAUAUAUUAUUUUUUUUGACAUUUAAAUUUUAGUUGCAAUUUUUCCCUUUAAUUUUCUGCGGCAACGUGAUCUCGUAAGGGACUAAACAGCCCGUGGUGCUAAGGCGUGUUAACGGAUUUUUUAAAAAAUAUUAGACUAUAAUCGACACAUGGUUUUUUAAAAAUAAAUUUUGAAUUUUAAAUAAAUUGUCGUCGUUUCGUCACGUCAUUUAUCCAACAGGAUUUGUGCGAUUGUAAAAAAAACGACCUUUUAAAUAUUAACAAUUAUAUUUAAUAUUUAGUGUGACUGUGUUAAAGUGUCAAGUGUUUAAUUAAUACUAUAGUAAUAUUUAAAUAUAUUGAGGUAAAAUGGUGCCGCAACAACAAGAUAACCCAGCUAAUUUGGGAACUCAACAAUUUGGAUCUCUAAGAGUUAAUAAAAACUCGUCAACUCCUUACUCUGAUGCGACCCAGACUAAGAAAAAUAACCCCAAUCAUAUUAAAAGACCGAUGAACGCGUUCAUGGUAUGGUCGCAAAUCGAACGCAGAAAGAUUUGUGAAGUACAGCCGGACAUGCACAAUGCCGAAAUAAGUAAAAGACUCGGCAGACGUUGGAAGACUCUGGACGACGCUGAAAGAAGACCAUUCAUCGAGGAAGCCGAACGAUUGAGACAACUCCACAUGAUGGAGUAUCCAGAUUACAAAUAUCGUCCGAGGAAAAAGGCAGCAAAGCCGCCGUCACCACCCAAAUCUAAAGACGCUAAGAAAUUAAAAAAGUCCUCCUCGUCCUCAUCUGCGUCCUCAACAUCAUCAUCUUCGCCACUGUCCUCACCAACGUCUUACGCCCCAGCCAGCCCGACGAUAACGACUGCCACGACAACAAUAUCCACAAAAUCACGCAAUGACACAAACAACAACACCAAUAGCCACCAAACAUCUUUGAAGAGGCUUCAGGCUCAACCUACGACGAAUCCCGUGUCUAGGCUAAAAAUAAAAUUAGCAUUUGACAAGAGGCCUAUCUCUAUGGACUAUACACCAGUGCCACCAAAUGUUACCGCUAAAGUACCAAGCAGUCCAUCCUGCGAUACCCCGGAUUCACCAGAAUCCGCGAGCUUUUAUGAAGACAACUACCAUGAUCAUGUUUCACUUACCACAACUACCAAUGUACCUGGUGCAACAAGAAUGAUUAACAACAACAACAACAUCAACAACAAUAAUAACAACCAUCACAACAAUAACUUACAACCAAAAAUAAAACAAGAAAACGACAUGGAUUUUGGCAAUGAGUUUACGAACGAACGACUUAAUCUUCACCACGAGUUCACACUAGGGAGGAGUAACAAUUUUUCGUGUCCGUCCACUAACAACAACUCAUUGCACUUCGACAAUUACAACAGUGUUUUGAUAAAGCAAGAACCGGUUGACAGGAGUACAUCGGCGAUGCUUCCCACUGGUGGUCUUUCCAUGAAUAACCAUAGGAAUAAUCAUCCGACAAUUAAAAUAGAAGAACCGGCGAUUCCCACAGCAGCUGUUACGGAUGGUAGCCUGGCUGAUCUAGAUUCACUUACGGAUUUGCUUCAGAUUCCACCAUCAGAAUACAGUUCCGCGCUUGAUCUUGACAUCGAAUCGAUAACAAGUGAUUUAGAAUCGUUUGAAUCUGCGAGUUCAAACAGCGCGGAAUCACCUUUCCCAUUUACUUGCACACCAGAUGUCGCGGACAUGCUUUCGGGCAUCGGCGUAAACAGUGAAUGGCCCAAUUUUUAAUAUAAUGCAAAAAGAAAAGAAAUAUUUAUUUAAAUAAAAAUAUAUAUUAACAAACAAGAGUGAUUCCUAUAAUGUUCCGAUUGUUCAUCACAUUUAUGGUCAUAUUUAAUUCGGGUUUUGUUGUUUAUAUUGGAAAAUAACUAAGGAAUACCAACACGAUGUGUUUUAAAGUUGGUUAUAUUUUUUAUUUGAUUAAUGAUCAUGUUUUUUUUAUUUAUCCUUAACAAUAAAUAAAAAGCUAGUUCGCAACUUAUGAGAAUAAACUUCCACGAAACUCAUUCGGGCGAGCGUUUUAAAAUUGUUAUUGCUACAAAAUAACGCGUAAAGUCCAAUUAACGCGCGUGUGUGUGUUUAGUCUUUCACUGCCGUCUGCCGUACAGAAUGAAUAUUUUAGGCAAAAAAAAAAAAAAAAAAAAAAAUUUACGGCUUAAAAUGUCGAGUCACGUGACAAAGCGGAGAUUAAAAACUUAUUAUAAUAAACGAGUUAUCAAACUGUUUAUUUUUAAGUCCGAAUCGGUCAUCCUUGUAUGAUAUAUAUAUAACAACAAUAAUUGAUAUUUCAUAAAUAUAAAUAUAUAAUUAAUUGGUUUAUUAAAUAAGAGUUUUUGUAUGUAUUGUAGUAUACUAGUUUAUAAAAGAAAAAUGAAUUUUUUUACAAACUAAGAGAGAGAACUGUUCUAACGACUUGGCGAAAACAAAGUUUUAUUAAUUAAUUUUAUUGAUAUUAAAUAUAUAAAUAUAUAUGUAAUAUAAAUAUUUAACAAACAAUUUUAUUUUACAUUGCAAUUAUCUUGGACUUGUUUAGUAAAUAAAUAAUUUUAAUGAUUAUUGUACACAAUAACAAUUGUGCUUUGUUUAACUUUGUUUUUUGGCCGUGCGUUACGCGAGUUCUUUGUUGUGUAUAUCGUUAGAAACAUUCAUUAAUAUAUUAUUAUUAUUAUUAAUUAUUCAUACAUAUUUGCAAAAAUAAGAAAAGCAAUUUAAUAAUUUAAGUUUUUUCUACUAAAAUUUUUAUAAACCCUUAUCGCGAUGUCGCGAUUUUAUUUUGAGAGUCGCUUCAAUGCGAUGGCUCGGCAUUAAUCUUUUUUUAAUUUAUCUAAAUUGUGAGUAAUAUUUAAUCAUGAGUGGUGUUACAGAUGGUUGUAAAAUUAAAAUAAUCGAGGUUAUUUUAAUUAUAUAUAUAAAUAUAAUAUUUUCAUUAUUAUUAUUUACUUCCCAGGCGGAUCCGAAUUACGGCUCAUUCGUGUAAAUUACGGUAAUUAUCGUAAUUUACGGUGUUGAAAAAAAUGCGGUAUUUUACCGCAAAUUGCGGUCUUUUACGGUAAAAUACGGUAUUUUGUUAUUCAUUACGUAAAGUAAAGUAUUUUACGGCAAAAUACGGUCUUCUGAAGUUAACUAUGGUAAAUUUGUGGUAUUUUACCGCAAAUUGCGGUAUCUUACGGUAAAAUACGGUAUUCGUAAGUCACUUACAGUAAAUUUGCGGUAUUUCGUCGUAAAGUGAAGUAUUUUACUGUAUUACGGUAAAAAUACCACAAAUUGCCGUAAAUUACCGGAAACUACGGUAAUUUUUCCGUGAUUCGGAUCAGCUAGAGAUUGUAGCAAUGAGAAAAAAAAAUUUUAUUUCCACGCGAAUUAGUCAUCGACUGAUUCAAAAUAUUUAAUAUUUGGUUUUCGUUUGUCUGUUUUUUAUUAAUAUCAAUAUAUAUAUGCAUAUAAACACAUUAUUAUUAUUAUUACUAUUACUAUUAUUAUUAUUAUUAUGAUUAUUAUUAUUAUUAUUAUGAUUAUUAUUAUUAUUAUUAUUAUUAUUAUUAUUGGCGUCUAAGUUUUUUAUUUAACUUUUUACAUCGAAGGAAAAGCGUCGAGAUAUUAUCAAACUUUGAUCUCAUGUUCUUUACAUUUACGUAAUAUUAAUUAACACUUAAUUUAAAAGAAAAAAAAAGCUAUUAAUAAUAAUAAACAACUACCCCAAUGACUUGAACUUGUGAUUUAUAAGAUUUCGCAUUUGUAAAGAUAAAAAUAAAAGUAACGAAAAAAGUUUCAGUAAUUUGAAUAAUUGCUGUAAUUUUAAUUAUGAAAUUUUUUUUUUUAUUAUAACGCUCUAUUUUUUUUUUUCGUGGACUUUAAGAAAGAAAGAAACGAUAAAUGGAUAUAACAAAAAUAAAUAAGUAAUAGUGUAAAGAAGAAAAAAAAAUAUAUAAAAAAAUGAAAAUAGUGCCUAUCACUCCGGUCUUGAAAUGUAACUUUUGUACAAAAUUAAAUGCAGGGCCAAACUUAAGUGAUUUUAGGAUUGUAUUUAAAGAAAAAUAAUUUUAUUAAUGGAGGAUUAAAGCUUAACAUCAAUCUGAUACUUGAACAAUCAUGUUAUUAUUUAAAUAAAAUUAUCAUUUUGGUUAAAAACACGGAGAAAAAAUUAUAGGACCAAUUUGCAAAAGAUACUAUAAACAUAUGAGAGUAGUUCCCAUACAUUGUGCUAAUGAUCUCUGUACUUAUGCCCCCAUGCUUAUUAGUAUACUACAUGAAAAUGAUUUUUAUGUAUAUUACAGGAAUAAUUUCCAUAUAAUAUGGCAGCGGUAACCAUAUUUAUGAAAAUGAUUCCCAAGAUAUAUACGUAUGAAAAAAAUUUUUACGAAAAUAAUUGUAUGGUCCAAACAAUUUAGACGCUCAGAAAAUGUAGUAAUUUUUAGUUGAAGCAUAUACCCUAGUGGAUCCAAACUACGGUAACUUACGAUAAUUACCGCAAUUUGCGGUAUCCAACAGAACUACCGUAAAUUGCGGUAAAAAUCCCGUAAUUUACUGCAGACUGCGGUAAAUUACCAUAUUUUUACUGUAAAUUGCGGUAAAUUACGGUAAGUAUCGUAAUUCAGAUCCGCUAGGGUAAUCAAAAGUAUUAAAUUUUUUUAAUUUAUGCGGUAAGUAAAAGCUGGUAUCCGGAAAAAAUACUCAGAUAUGAUUAUAUACGAUCACGUCUGAAUACUAAGAUCUGAUCACAUCCGAAAAAUAGUCAUAUAUGAUCAUACAUGAUCUUGCAGGACCAUUUUUCGGAUCUAAUGUAUAGUCAUAUAUGAUCAUGUAUAAUCAUAAAUGAGGUCAUGUAUUAGCUUAUAUAUGAUCAUAAAUGAAUAGAUAUGACCAUAUCUGAGCAUUUUUUCCGGGUAUUCUCUAAUUGUUAAUAUAGUAGUUUAUCUAUCGAGUGCGAUCGUGUUUAAGACGCGAGUUUGAAGAUUGGUGCCCGAGCCGAAGGCGAGGGUACCAACACACGAGCGUCUUAGACUCGAUUGUACUAGAUAAAUACAUUAGUUUUUGUGACAGAUAUUUGAAAUUUAGUACAUUUAGUGCCUAUAAAUGGCAGGUUAUAAAUCUGCGUAUAUUUAUUUGGUAAGAUUAUUUUGAGUAUUUGUUGAAAAUAAGAGAGAAGUCGAUAAGUGGACGAAUUAAAAUGAUGAUAUAUUUUGUCACAAGAUGGCUCGUUAAGUUACUUCGAUAUUUUUUGGUCGUUUGCUGUCGCACAUGUAACUAAACAAUAUUUUUUAAUCCGAUGAUGACGUCACUAUUAGAACGAUUAGGUAUCUUUUUUACCAGCUGUAUCUUAUCUAAUAUUUUUAGCUGCCGGCUAUAGGCGCUAAAUGUCGUAGAUUUCAAGUGUCUGUCACAAAAAUGUUAUUUUCGCUAUGCAGCAAUUUUCGGUCUUUUCUUUAGUGUGUAAACAAUAACCAUAUGUGUGUAUGGAGCUGUUCUUAUUUGAUACUAAAAAUAAUCUUGAUGCUUAUGGCAGCAUUAUGGACAAUUUACGGUAACUUGAGGCUAAAUUUUUUCUCCGUGUUAUUUUAAAUAAUUUGGAUAGAAUAGAUCGCAAGCAGAAUAUAAGUUAGUUGCGUUAGUAUGGUAGAAAACUUGUGACUAUACGACAAAUACAGGCUGUGACUAACUCUGGAAACUAAUAAAGAAAAAAUUAACUAAAUAAUAAUUAUAAUAAUCUUAAACGAUAUCAAUCACAUUGAUGGAGGUCGUGUUGAUUUCAGAAUGAAAUAGUUUUAAUUUAAUUUAUUUUUUUUUAAUAAAUUGACUGCGUUUAAUUUAUACUUAAAACUUUGUUUUAAAUAUUUCAAAUAUAUGAUAUACUAUAACAUGAAAAAUAAUUGUCAGUGGUACCGUAAACGAAGUUGAUUACGAUCAAAGAAUGGACACAUAUCAAUUUAAUUUCCGCGGUUUUUACAAAAAUUAUUUUAGUUCUUUUUUUUUAUUUUCACUGUAGUUUGGUUCGCUUUUGGUCUUCGCUCAGUUGCUUACUAGAGUAAAUAGUUAUUGCGUUUAAGAUUUUUUUUAAGUUUUUAAUGGCCAAUAUUAGUUAGUAACAGUAAUUAUUUAAUGGCCAAAGGUUUGUUUUUAUUUAUUAGUGUGUCGAUGCUUAAUAUUAAACGUUAAAUAAAAAUUAACAUUAAUCGUAAAAUGUUUUUUUUUUUUUACGUUUUUACACUUUAACGUAUGUUAAUCACGUGUUAGUGGUCAAGAAUUUUAAAUUGCUAUCAAACGAUAAUUAAUGAAAAGAAAUAAAAGUCGCACCACAAGUGCCAUAAGGGCGUAUAAAAUUUUUUUUAAAAACUAUUUCGUCUUUUUAGUCUCGAAAAUUCAAAAAAUUGACAAAAACUAAUUUUCGUGAUUUUGAAUUUUUUUAUUUGCGUUUAUCGCACUCGCGAAUUAUAAAGAUCCCGGUAAAAAAAUUUGUAUUCAUUAAAUUUUUUUUUCUUACUUAUUAAUUAGAAAGUUAUCGAACUGUAAAAAAAAAAAAGUAUUUGCGCUCUUAUAGACCCCAGGUACCAAAGGGAUUUUUAAAAAAAGUUGAGUAAAAAUUCGAAUUAAUGUAACAAAUUUUAAUAUUUUGUAAAAAAAAUUUAUCGGUAAAAAAAAUAUUUUUUGUGUCCUUAUGGAUUUUCAACGGCUUUUUAUUGGCUACUUCUAAAAAUCUGUAACGCGUAAGAAGUAAAUGACUGUAAAAUGAUUAGUAAUUGAGGAAACAAUUAUUUGGAUUUUGAUAUUGCAGUGGGGAUUCGGGUGCCAAAAAAAUUUUUUUAUGUGAUUUUAAAACAAUUGGACAUUUGAUAUUAAUAUUAGUAUCAGUAUUUGUAAUUUGAUAUUUGGAAAAUAAUAAGAGUAUUAAAGAGAAAUAUAUAAAUUGAAGGAGGUUAAUUUUCUUUGGCUUAUUUGUUCUCGGGAAAGCGGUUAUUUGCGUAAAAAGUGAUUAGCGAAACAUAGUUAUUCACAAAAUUAUAUAUAUUCAUGUAUAAAUACUUAGAAUUUUAAAAUAAAAUCUAACAUGACAAAAAUUUUAAAUGAAAACGAAAAAAAUCACCAAUUAAAUAAAAUAAAUUUUUAAAUUAAAAUAAAUGUUAACAUAUAUUUGGAAGAACAAGAAUUUAUCGACUAAUGACCUAAACUUCAAGGAUUUGAAAAAUUACUUUUAUUUAUUGAAAAACUGAAUUCGAAAUUAGUUAAUUUUUUCAAAAAAGUUAUAUAUUUAUAUUAUAUUAAAUAUAAUACUCCCUAGACAAUAUUAACUCAUUAAAAAAAAAAAUUGGUAUGUAUUAAAAACUUUUCAUUUUUCAAAUUUAGUAUAAAUUUUAAAUUGAAAUAACAAUAAACCAUAAAAUUUUAUUUUUAACUUCUCGAAGUUUGAAUUUUAUGAAAAAUAAUCAAAAAGAAUCUCGACUAAUAAUUAAUAAAUUUAUUUUUUUUAUACUUAAAUCUUAACAUACAUUCUCAAGUUUAAAAAUUAUGCUCAAUUACAUAAGAAUGUACCUAGUUAAAAAAACAUAUAUACUUAUAAUUAAUUAAAAAAUCGAGAUACUUUUUGAUAAUUGCUCACGUUACGAUAACAAUUAUAUAACAAACGGACUUGUUUAAUAAUAACAGUAAUAAAGAUAUUAAUAUUAUUAAUAAUAAUAAUAAUAAAUUAAUAUUUAAAUAAUAACAAUAUGAAUAAUAAUUAUGAAAUUGAUAAUAAUUAUUUUGAUGCGUUUGUCACGCUUGACUUUGUGUAUUAAAAAUGGCAAUAGGCGGUAGAUUUAAAAUUUUAGUAUGUAUAUAUGUCCAAUUAAAUAUAUAUAUAUAUAUAAAAAGAAAGUGUGAAAAUUAUUUUAAAAAUCUACUUUUGGUAUUAAAAAGAUGUUGCUUGAAUUUUUGAAUUUUGAAUAUUAAAAUACUUAUUAAUUAUUAUCAUUAUUAAUUUUUAAAAGAGUGAGGUUUUAUUUUCUUUCGGGUCUGAUAACGCAAAUAUUAACUUAUUAUCUUUGUAUUCUAUUUUAAAUUAUAAUCAUCUAUUUCCGGGAAAAACAAACUAUAUAUGAUCUAUAUGGCCGUGGGUAUUCAUAUAUGACUAUAUAUGACCAUAUGCACUCAUAUAUGACCAUAUGCAUUCAUAUAUGACUGUAUAUGACCAUAUGCACUCAUAUGACCAUAUGCAUUCAUAUAUAGUCAUAUAUGAAUGCAUAUGACCAUACAUGACUAUAAGCACUCAUAUAUGAUUAUAUGUGACCAUAUGCACUCAUAUAAGACCAUAUGAAUUCAUAUAUAGUCAUAUAUGCACUCAUAUAUGACCAUAUGCACUCAUAUAUUACUAUAUAUGACCAUAUGCACUAACAUAUGACUAUAUGUGACCAUUUGCACUCAUAUAUGACUAUAUGCAUUCAUAUAUGACUAUAUAUGACCAUAUGCACUAAUAUGUGACCAUAUGUACUCAUAUUCGACUAUAUAUGGCCAUGUAUAGUCAUAUGCGGCCAUGUAUUGCCAAUUUCCAUGUAUGACCAUAAAUAGUAACAUAUGAUCAUAUAUGAUUCAUUUUUCCCGGGUUAUUAAUUAAAAAAAAAAAACAAGUUAAUCGUAAAAUUAUUAUAGUGAAAAAGUUUAAGGCAUCACAUGCUUCUUCACUUUUCGCACUUAUUUUCGAUACGUCUUUAAAAAAAAAUAAGAAAAGAAAAAUAAAAUUAAUAAAAAUGUUUCACGUCAAGGUUUUUUGCGUGGAUUAAUUUUAAAACUCGCAGUUGUUACAUGACAAAAUAUAAAUAAAUAAAUACAUAAAUUAAUUAAUUAAAGACUCAUUGAACUAGUCCAGUUUAAAUUGCAAUUGCCAAGCAAUAUAUAUAAAUAUAUAUAUCAAUAAAAUUGUUUGAAUUGUUCGAACAACGACACACUAGUAAGACAUAAUUUUGAAUGAAAACUAUCAAAAUUUAAAUUGGGUAUUUUAUAAAAAUGAAUAAAUAGAUACUCGUUGCAAUAAAUUGUCUUGAUUCGUUUACGAGCAGUUGAAACAAUGCUAAUAAGUUAAUUAACUAAGGAAUACACCAAAGUGCAAUAUAAUUAAUAAUUACUGCGAGAUUACAGUUAUAAUUAUUCGGAGAACACCUUGACGAGAUUCAUUAAAUAAAAAAAAAUAAAAU